CUCGAAAUAUUUUAAUUAGAAGAAGACUAUUUGUUUACACACCCUGUAUAUUCUGAUCUUUGAAUGCGAAUAUCUCUGGUAUGAAAGGAGAUAAUGAUGUCGUGUUUGGGGUCAUUUUAAUCAGAAAAAAAUUUACAAUUUAAUUAUGGACUAACCAUUGGUCUUCCAGGGUGCUAAAAAAAGUUACAAAUUAAAGUGGGAUAAUAAAUAACGGGCGUUAAUAGAGAAUUUAAUUCUGAUUUCAAAAAUACCACACACUAUAUAAUUAUUAUUGACCGUUGUCGAGAUAUUUAAAUUAGAAGAGGAAUAUUUGUUUACACACCCUGUAUAUUCUGACCUUUGAAUGCAAAUAUCUCCGCAAUGAAAAAAGAUAAUUAUAUCGUGUUUGGGCUCAUUUUAAUCAGAAAUUUAUUUCCUAUACACCCAUGAAUGUCGCACGCUGAUUUUCGUAAAAAAAACCGGCAACUGUUUUAUUUGGUCCUGGAAAAUUCGAUAUAAUUUCCAUAAUUAUUAUCUUCGAGCAGAAAAAGGGGGACGAGGAGGCUUAAGUUAAAAAUCCCCUUUUUCAGUUUCUUUUUAUUUUGCUAUGAAAAAGUUAAUUUUAAUCCGGAAUAAAACGUAAUUUCGCUUCAUUUUUCCGUUUAAGGCGCAUUAAAAAUCCGGGCGAGAGGGUUUUUCUCGUGAAAAUAUUUCGUUGAGGCAGCAGUUGAAAUAAAUGAAAAACGACUAUCAAUCUUUCUUUGUGUGGAUGCUAUUUUGGAAAAUAUAUUCCAUUUACUCGUCUUAAGAUGAUUGCAAGAAGAUUUGAAAUAUGUCUGAUUAAUUUUUUUAAUUUUCUCGUUUCCUGUUAGUUUUAUGCGAAAAAUCAUAGAGGCAAAAAAGAUGCAGCUUUGACGGCUCUAUGUAAAAGCUUUAUAAAUUUUUUCCAUAAAAUUUACAGCAAACGAGAUAACUAGGGGCCAAACUUUAAAUUUAUCUGAAUCCCUACUGGUAAUUAAAGUUUUAAACUCUCGAGAGUGAGUUCUGGCAGCCUCCCUCCCUCAGCCCUCCUCAAUCAGGAAGUUAAUUAAUUUUCGAACAAAAGCUUCACGUUUCCCUAAAAUCAACAACACUUACCGCAGGGUAAUUAUCUGUCUACAAGAAAAUCGUCGAUUUAAUUAAUUAGAGAAGCUGAUUAAACCAAUACAGGCAACAUCGCUUCAGUGGGAGUGGCUUUGGUGUUUUUGAUGCUCCUAUUGGUUCAACUGUUUGACCUUGAGGGUCACGGGGCGGGGUUAUUAAAAAGUCGGGGUUGCCAGGUUUAUUUAAAAAAAAAAUGUCUGUUGUGUGUAAAAUCUCACGCGAUAUUCGUUAGGUGAAACGCAAAUGGCAGAUAUGAUCUUUGUUUAAAAAAAAAACCGCCUAUUGCAUGUUUCGGGCUCAUGUAUUGAUUGAAUAAAUAACGUUCGUUUGCUUAAGAGAAUUUAAUGGGACAUUUAAGGUCGGCAGGCCAAUAUGAAUACAUUUUUGCUGAAAAACUCGACGAUAAACUUAAAAUUGUAAUUUAUUUCUAACUUGAGAUCAAAAAACUUUUUUAAAAAAUAAAAUAUAGUCAUCGACAUGGUACUCAUUUUCAGCUCAUUUUUUCUGGGCAAUCUAAUGGUGUAAUCAAAUUUUCAGUACCAUCGAUGGUUCCCUCAGAAUCCAAAAAAAAUCAACUAAUUUUGCCCCAGCAACUAAAAAAUUUCGUAUAUUUAACUCUUGGCUCAGUAUCAAAAAACCAGCAUAAAAAAAAAAGACUAAAUCACUAACACAUGAGUUAAUAGCCCGCUUGAACCCCAAUUAGCUUAAGUAAACCCAUUAGCUAAGGUGCAAUUCAAAAUGUUCAUACGUGAACCUUUGAAUGUAAAUAAGUUAAUCAGUGGGGUCUUGAAUAAGCAACGGAAGAGUGUUUUUCUCGUAAAAAGCGAAACGGGGCGGUCGUAGGGUAGCAACGUACUCGUUUCGUUUCUUUUCAGGUUUCUUGACUUAUCACAGAUUAAAUCCCUGGUCAUGUUUACUAAUGAAGCCAGAGAGGGUUAGCUAAUAAUAAUUAGAAAGAAAAAUAGUUCUCUUUGUAGCUCCCUUGCUAUCAAAGGUACCUCCCUGAUUUAAAAAGUGUUUAACAGAGGCAUGUUUAAGGAACAUUUUAUGUCUUAACAAUUUUUUUGAGCAAUCAUUGGUUUUUGUGAUAAGAAUCAAGAAUUGGAAAGUGGUCGCUAGUCAAAGACCUUUGCACAAAACCCUCAAUACCUUCCUUGCUACCGCAGAUAGACCCUUGCUUUAAAAAGUGUUUGAUUAAGAAAAUUAGAGGCAACAUUUUUGCUCUCUAUAAGUUUUUUUCAAAACCCACUACUUCUUAAUAUAUUCAGCACUAAAGCUGCACCUCAUAAAAAAACGCUAAUUAUCCUAAACGUGGCUUACUAUCAAAUAAUGACGCUUGCGCCGAAAACUUCUUGUUCCAGUGGUUUAUCAACUGGAUAGGGAAAACUCAAAGUUUCCCCCGCGGUCUCGUCGCGUAUACGCGCAAAGUUGCCUGCGAGGAGAGUUUUUCCCGCUACUAAAGUUUUUGUUUUUUUAAAUAAGUUUUAUUAUGCUCUUGAUGUGUCUGGUCGAAUGAUUAUUAUUGAUAAAGUUUCACCCUGGAAAUGGAGUUUCCCUCAGGGACGGGUCAAAAAGGUUUUUUUAGUUUUAUAGAGGAAGAGGUCACAGUAUUUUUUUUGUUUUUAUGUGGUUUGUGUUGGUUUUAUUGAAAAAGUGAUGAGAGCUUUUUUGUAGAGGGUUAUAUUUUGAAUCUUUUUGGUGUCUACAGUUUUUGCUUAAAAAAUGGUUGUUUUAGAGGAAUUUUAGGUGAAAAGUGAUUGUUUUGAAAGAAAUUUAGGAAGAAAGUUGUUUUUCUCAAAGUUGACUAUAAAAAAUGAAAAAAUCUCAGUUACUAUUGGUUUUACGAGGAAAAGUUAUUGAGGCAUUUUUGUAAAGAAUUAAAUUUUAAAUCUUUUUUGUCUCUAUGACUUUUGGCAUAAAACUGAUAUUUAGAGCAGAAACUUCAAUUCAAAACAUGUUAAAUUCAAAAAUUACUUUUUUGCUCUUAUCCUAAUGUCAAGAAAAGUUUUUAUAUAUACUAAAAUAAAUAAACCUAUUGACAUGGUACUAUUUUUUAGUUAAUUUUUCCUUACAAUUCUAAUGGUCAAAUCAGAUUUUUGGUGCCGCUGAUGGUUCACUCAAAAAUCACAAGUUUCUUGAAAAUGAAAAUAAACCCAUCGACAUGGUACUCAUUUUCAGCUCAUUUUUUUCAACUAAUUCAAUGGUAAAAUCAGAUUUUUGGUACCGCUGAUGGUUCGCUCAAAAAUCACAAGUUUCUUGAAAAUUAAAAUAAACCCAUCGUCAUGGUACUCAUUUUCAACUCAUUUUUUCCAACUAAUUCAAUGGUAAAAUCAGAUUUUUGGUACCGCUGAUGGUUCACUCAAAAAUCAGAAGUUUUUUGAAAAAAACCCAUCGUCAUGGUACUCAUUUUCAACUCAUUUUUUCCAACUAAUUCAAUAGUAAAAUCAGAUUUUUGGUACCGCUGAUGUUUCACUCAAAAAUCAGAAGUUUCUUGAAAAUUAAAAUAAACACAUCGUCAUGGUACUCAUUUUCAACUCAUUUUUUCCAACUAAUUCAAUGGUAAAAUCAGAUUUUUGGUACCGCUGAUGGUUUACUCCAAAAUCACAAGUUUCUUGAAAAUUAAAAUAAACCCAUCGACAUAGUACUCAUUUUCAACUCAUUUUUUCCAACUAAUUCAAUGGUAAAAUCAGAUUUUUGGUACCGCUGAUGGUUCACUCAAAAAUCACAAGUUUCUUGAAAAUUAAAACAAAACCCAUCGUCAUGGUACUCAUUUUCAACUCAUUUUUUCCAACUAAUUCAAUGGUAAAAUCAGAUUUUUAGUACCGCUGAUGGUUCACUCAAAAAUCACAAGUUUCUUGAAAAUGAAAAUAAACCCGUCGUCAUGGUACUUAAAUUUUUGGUACCGCUGAUGGUUCACUAAAAAUCACAAGUUUCUUGAAAAUUAAAAUAAACCCAUCGACAUGGUACUCAUUUAUAACUCAUUUUUUCCAACUAAUUCAAUGGUAAAAUCAGAUUUUUAGUACCGCUGAUGGUUCACUCAAAAAUCACAAGUUUCUUGAAAAUGAAAAUAAACCCAUCGUCAUGGUACUCAUUUUCAACUCAUUUUUUCCAACUAAUUCAAUGGUAAAAUCAGAUUUUUGGUACCGCUGAUGGUUCACUCAAAAAUCACAAGUUUCUUGAAAAUUAAAAUAAACCCAUUGUCAUGGUACUCAUUUUCAACUCAUUUUUUCCAACUAAUUCAAUGGUAAAAUCAAAUUUUUGGUACCGCUGAUGGUUCACUCAAAAAUCACAAGUUUCUUGAAAAUUAAAAUAAACCCAUCGACAUGGUACUCAUUUUCAACUCAUUUUUUCCAACUAAUUCAAUGGUAAAAUCAGAUUUUUGGUACCACUAACCGUUCUCUCAAAACCCAAAAAACCUUUUCAAAAAAUCAAAAUAAACCCAUCGUCAUUGUACUCAUUUUCAAAUAAUUUUUUCUCAGCAAUUCAAAAAUAACCUCGAAAAUUCCGUGGCACUAACCGUUAUUUCAAUAUCAAACAUGGAAAUGUGAUAAAAAUCUCAUAAAAGACUCCGAGACUAAAGCCUUUCUGAUCCCAAACAAAACCCGGACCUUUAUUGACUUUAUAAAACAGACAAAGCCAAAAAUCACAUUCUAACAGUCAUGUAAAUCCCCUUGCCGAGCCAAUCUGGUGCAACAAUGAACGCCUCAACGCUAUACUGUGACUUGACGGAUUUCUCAAAAAAAUACGAACUCAUCCAUGGCCCCUUAAGUUUCUCGGUGUGCAUCUUCGGGUCCGUAGCCAACGUUUUGAAUAUUUCCGUGUUAACCACUAAAGAAAUGCGUUGGCCCACCAACCUAAUCCUCACUGGACUAGCGAUAGCAGAUCUGCUGGUGAUGCUUGAGUACAUCCCCUUCACCAUCCAUAGAUACCUCAACGUGGAGGGCAAAAAGUACAUCGACAACUACUCAUACAACUGGGCGAGUUUCACCAUCUUCCACGCCCUCUUCAGUCAAGUGUUUCACUUCGUUUCGUGCUGCUUAACGGUGAUUUUGGCCAUAUGGAGGUACAUGGCCAUCACCAGCCAUCACAGCUCAAGAAUCUGGUGUGACAUCAGACGGACCUUCCUCACCAUAGUGAUCACUUACUUGUGCUGUCCAGUGGUCUGCACCCCGCUCUUCUUAUCACUCAAGAUCGUCCCUUAUAAUCAAACGUGCGACCACAAUGGUCGGAUAUUAAACAAAAAAGAUCUACUGAACCACACUGACAUCGCCAAAAAAACAAUUUAUGUCAUCGAUUACGUGAGCGAGGAUUACAAGUACAUGUCGUUCUGGGUCUACGGGGUGGUGAUCAAGCUGGUGCCGUGCAUCCUCCUCACGCACCUCUCGAGGAAAUUGAUCGGGGUCCUACUGGAGACGAAGAGGAGGAGGAAAACUCUGUUGAGCUCCAAUUUAGCCAUGGAGGACGUUUUGGAGGUGAAACCGUUUCUGCAGAAGAAGUUGGAGAAGUAUCGGCAAGCGGACCGGACUUCCGGCAUGCUGGUGGCCAUUUUGAUGCUGUUCCUGAUCACGGAGUUUCCGCAGGCUAUCAUGGGCUUGCUGAUGGCCACCAAGGGACAACAGUUCGAGAAGGAGUGUUAUAGACCUUUAGGUGACCUCAUGGACAUUUUGGCCCUGACCAACUCCGGGAUCAAUUUCAUCCUGUACUGCACCAUGUCGCGACAGUUCCGGAUAACGUUCAAGGAAAUCUUCCUGGUUCCGGUCCUGAACCAGUUCAGUGCCGGAUCGCCUUAUUUCCAUAUGGAGAAACCGCCGCAGGAAAAAACCCAAAUUUCCGCGGUGUAAAUUUUAUUCUGGAUACGGUCGUGAUAAUUUCGAACGAAAUUUUUUAAUGUUAAAAGGAAUAUUUUCGUAUGUACAGGAGUGAGAAACUUUGAAGAGUUGCCAAAAAAAAUAUUUCAAAAAAACCUUUUGAGCCCCGUUUUAUUGAAAUAUUUUCACUUAUUAUUGUAAAUAAAUGAAUAAAUAAAUAAAUAGAACAA